UAUUAACUGAAAGGGCGAGCACACAGCAAAAAAUUCUUCAAGAGAAGCCAGAAACUAAAAAUAUAGAAUAAAAUAGAAGAACAAAAAGAAGAAGUUUAACCGAUUUAUACUUCGUAAACAUUGUGCCUAUUUAUUACGAAAUUUAAAAGCCAAUACAAUUUAAAUCGACAUGUUGAAAUUUUCAAAAAUAUUGCACAGUAUAGCAGAUAUUAUUCUCUGCAAUAAUCAAAAUGGAAUGCCUCUACCAGUCCAUGAAGUUUUUAAUAGUAAAACCUUUGGAAUAAUGAGGCAGGCCCCAAAUGAUAACAACAGAUGGAUUGUACUGGUCAUAGCUGGAAGAAAUGUCAUUAUUCAGGGCUCUGAUAUUUCCAAUGGACAUUUUCAAGCAAAGAUAAGGGAGCUGAGGGCUUUGGGGUAUCAUGCAGCUCUUGUAACAUGGACAACUUAUACAGAGUUAAAAACAACAGCAGAAAAGUAUAAUUAUUUAGAUAAUUUAUGUAAAGAAGCAAUUAAUUAAUAUAUUAAACCAAUAAUAAAGGCCCAUUUAGA